AUGGCUAUUCUCAUUAUGAGGUCAAUUUCUCCUUUUGUGAGAGGCAUCAUUCCUUCAUCUGAUAAUGCCAAGGCUUUCCUUGAAGUAAUUGGAGAAAAAUUUCAAGAAUCUAAGAAAGCUAAGAUUGAGAGUUUGAUAAGCCAACUGACACAUAUGAAGUAUGAUGGAGAAGGUUGUGUCAUGGUGCAUAUUAUGAACAUGCUCGACAUUGGAAACAAGUUGAGGACACUGAAUGUCAAUGUAGAUGAGGCUAUAAUGGUGCAUUUUGAAAUCAAUUCUCUGCCUAGUAGCUUUAGACAUCUGAAAAGCACAUAUAUUGCUCAAAAUGAAAUAUGGACCUUGAAUGAUAUGAUAGGGAUUUGUAUGCACACGAAAAGCAGCAUAUCAAAAAGGUAA